CUACUCUUCUUGAAGAACAAUGGGAUCGGUGGAAUACUGGGAGAUGACAUGGGACUAGGCAAGACGCUUCAGACCCUUUCUUUCUUACAGCAUGUGAAGGAACACGAAACAGCCCAUACUGGGAGGCAACCUCCGUUUUUGGUGGUCUGUCCACUCAGUGUUAUGGGAUCGUGGAUGACUGAGGCUGAUAAAUGGGCCCCCGAUUUGACUGUGCUCAAAUACUAUGGAACGUCCGAGGAGAGGCAGGAAGCCAGGGCGAUGCUGGCCAGCCGACGACCAUCUUGCUCCAAAAACCGACCCAACGGAGCAGACCAGGGAAAAGCAACAACUAUAGAUGUAGUGGUCACCACAUACGAGACUCUUGCUUCGGACCUCACCUGGUUUCAGCGAUCAUACGUAUGGAGAGGCAUGAUUCUGGAUGAAGGGCACCGGAUUAAAAACUACCUCGCCACCCGGUCUCAAGCGAUUAAAAAGGUCCGGUGCGAGUAUAAACUGGUGUUGACAGGGACACCGGUUCAAAACGAUCUCCUCGAGCUCUGGUCAAUCUUCCACUGGUUGUUUCCGGACGUCUUCACGAAAUGCACCGCUGGCACCUUCAAAGAGGCAUUUCGUCUGAAUGAAGGCCAAGUGGACAAAGAAUUUAUUGAAUAUGCCAAAAGAUUCCUUGACCUGAUAAUGCUCAGACGAACCAAGGAAACCCCGGGAAUCGGCCUCGAUAUCCCCUCCAAGAAGGAGGUUGCACUUACGGUCCCAUUAGCAGAGCUACAGGCCAGAUAUUACAUGAAGGUAUUGACUGGUGUUAGCGACUCUUUUCCAGCACAGGGGCAACAAGAUAUCUCCACGGAUCAGACGAAGCCUCAGGCGACGGAUUCCAAACCUACCAUCAUAAUAAGAAACAUUCUUAUGGAGCUACGAAAGUGUUCCAUUCAUCCCUACUUGACAGAUUCGGGAUUCCCUGAAGUGUAUGUUCCUGGGCAACACCUCGUCACCAACUCUGGGAAAUUCGCAGUCCUUCAGAAGCUCGUCCAGCAGUUUGUUGUCAUCGAAAACCAGAAGAUCAUAAUUUUCUCCGGCUUCGAACAAGCUCUCGACCUCUGCGAAGACGUUCUGGACAAUCUUGAUGGAAAUCCAAGUGCAUUCAAGUACGUGCGACUUGACGGUAGAACGCCCAGCGCCUGGCGUAACUUGAAUGUAUUUCUCUUCAGCCAUGACCCCCGGUACAUGAUUUUCCUCAUCUCGAUCCGAGCAGGUGGCGAAGGCCUCAAUCUUACCAGCGCAUCGACGGUCAUUUUCUUAGACGAAGACUGGAACCCGUCUGUUAUGCGGCAGGCAGAAGCAAGAGUCCACAGAAUAGGACAAACAAAGCCGGUUCAAAUCUUUAAGCUCUAUUCCCAAGGUACCAUCGAGGAGCAGAUGCGGCGAAGGUCCGAGAAGAAGAGUUACUUGGGUUCCAAAGUCAUCGAUAGUGUGCAAGCUCUGGGCGGCGAUAUCUUCGAUAUACUUGGCACUGAUAUGAUGUCAGCAGACAGUAUGAAUGUGCAAGCCAUCUCCAGUUUUAUCAAUAGAAACAGCUCCUCAUCCCUCUCUUCUAUCGACGUCGACUUCGCCAACUGGGAUUACGAGACCGUCAUCGAACGAUGUUCUCUACGACCUGGAGAGCACGAGUUUUCUUCGAAGGCCGAUGAGGAGUCCUGGCUUCAUCGCAGCGAAAGAAUACAGACAGACAUAUUCAACGGGGAAAGGGUCGAUACCAGACGUCGAAAGUUCCGGGGGGAAGACCUCAAGGUAGAAUGCCUGUCUCCAGAAAGUCGUCGCGUCGGUAAAAACCGCACGCUUGUCAUCGAUGGAUACUACGUGAACAAAGCUAGUCUGGAAUGCCGCCCCGGAGAGGCCGUCUCUCCCAUGUUCAAGGGCUGUGAACCAAUGAAGAAGACAGAGGAAAAAACAGACAAGUUAAUGCAUGAAGAGAUGUGUUUUGUCUGCCACAAGUCCCAUCGACUCGAGCAGUGCAAAAUUUGCCCCAGGAGUUUCCAUACGCGGUGCAUGAGAAACUAUGAAACCGACCUCUGGGGACAUCACACCUGUUCAAGCCACUCAUGUAGCCAGUGUGAGCGCAAGGCCGCCCAAGCGGGCGGUCUCAUCUUCGCGUGUGCCGCAUGCCCCGACGCCUUCUGCGAACAAUGUCUAGAUUGGUCUGCUGUCGUCUUCCUGGGAGAGAAUACCCCCUACUCGAUGUUAAACUAUCAUCCGAGUAACUCUUUCUAUGUUGUCUGUCGUCAGUGUCAAGUAAAGCGGAGUCGCAAGCGGCAUGCCGCCGAGGACAAGCAGGGUAUCGAAAGAGCCACGAGGCCUCGACUGUGACCUUUUCUUGUCUGGAUCCGAGGUUCGCCACGAAUGUAAUGCUUUCAGUACGGAUGUGCGUUUCGAGGCAUGUUGUCUGUAAAUGCACAUGCAUUGCCUGUACCGUGUACAACAUGGUGACACUAUCAGGUCUGUUGACAAAUUCUUUGCAAUGAAUAACUAGUUAGAAUCAAGCAUUUGAGGGACGGCG